GGCGGGGGCGCGCGGCCCGGAGACUUGAACUGUCGUUUCGGAGCUUGCGGGCGCGAUACCGCCUACCUGUCCCCUGGGAGCGCCGCCGAGCCCAUUGCUCCGCUGCCAUGGAGCCCGAGCCCGAGCCGGAGCCCGUCACGCUGCUGGUGAAGAGCCCUAACCAGCGUCACCGCGACUUGGAGCUGAGCGGAGACCGCGGCUGGAGCGUCGGCCGCCUCAAGGCCCACCUGAGCCGCGUCUACCCCGAGCGCCCGCAUCCCGAGGACCAGAGGCUCAUCUAUUCCGGGAAGCUCUUGCUAGAUCACCAGUGUCUCAGGGACCUUCUCCCAAAGCAGGAAAAGCGGCAUGUUCUGCACCUGGUGUGCAACGUGAAGAGCCCUGCAAAGAUGCCGGACACCAGCGCAAAGGUUGCUGACUCCACAGAGCAGCCCAAUGGUCCGACUCAGGGCCAGUAUCCUGGGGAUUCUGCAGGUGAUGGUUUAAGGCAAAGAGAAGUUCUUCGGAACCUUUCUCCCUCCACAUGGGAGAGCAUCUCCAGGCCUGAAGCGAUGCAGCAGGCCUUCCAGGGCCUGGCACCCGGCUUCUCUGGCUACACGACCUACGGGUGGCUGCAGCUGUCAUGGUUCCAGCAGAUCUACGCCCGGCAGUACUACAUGCAAUAUUUAGCUGCCAGUGCCGCGUCAGGAGCCUUUGUCCCAUCACCAAGCACACAAGAGAUACCUGUGGUUUCUGCACCUGCUCCAGCCCCUAUUCACAACCAGUUUCCAGCUGAAAACCAGCCAGCCAAUCAGAAUGCAGCUCCUCAAGUGGUGGUUAAUCCUGGAGCCAAUCAGAAUUUGCGAAUGAAUGCACAAGGUGGCCCUAUUGUGGAAGAAGACGAUGAAAUAAACCGAGACUGGUUGGAUUGGACCUAUUCGGCAGCGACAUUUUCUGUCUUUCUCAGUAUCCUCUAUUUCUACUCCUCGCUGAGCAGAUUCCUCAUGGUCAUGGGGGCCACCGUUGUCAUGUACCUGCAUCACGUUGGGUGGUUUCCGUUUAGACAAAGACCGGUUCAGAACUUCCCGAACGAUCGUCUUCCUCAAGAAGUCGUGAAUCAGGACCCCAACAACAACUUACAGGAAAGGGCUGAUCUGGACAGUGAAGACGCCAACCACCUCGCCCCAGGCAGGGACAUGCUCCGAGACGAGCAGACCAGCCCUUCCUUUAUGAGCACAGCCUGGCUCGUCUUCAAGACUUUCUUUGCCUCGCUUCUUCCCGAGGGCCCCCCGGCCAUAGCCAACUGAUGGCAUUCCUUUGCACUCUUGCCACUGGAGCCGGUGCCAGGCAUGGACUUGGAUCAUCUCACUCCAGCUAGAUCUCACCUGGACAGGAUAAAGGCACAGAUUUCCCAGAACCCACAAGGGUGAUGGUAUGCUUUUGUGAUGAUGCAAAAGCAGAGAGUAAGGCGUGAAGCCCUGAUAGAAAUGGAUGAACAAAGAAUGCCUAGGGUUUCCAUGUCCGUGUUCCGAAGAGCUUUACUGUACACUGUAUGUAGUUUGGUAGGCAUUGUAAGUAGGAGGCAUCAGGUGUCGCAUGCUUGUGCCUGAGGAACUUCUCCAGAUGUGUGCGUGUCUGCAUGUAUGUUUGUACAUAGAAGUCAUAGAUGCAGAAAUGGUUCUGCUGGUACGAUUUGAUUCCUGUUGGAAUGUUUCAAUUACACUAAGUGUACUACUUUAUAUAAUCAGUGAAUUUGCUAGACAUGUUUUAGCAGGACUUUUCUAGGAAAGACUUAUAUAUAAUUGCUUUUUAAAAUGCAGUGCUUUACUUUCAACCCAGGGGAGCUUGGCUGAGGUGGAGACCUUUGCCAGGCUUUCUGUUCAAUAAAGUUUUACUAUGAAUGA